ACGGUCAUGCUCACUUAUAAAGGUGGCCUCCUGGCCCCCCAUACAGCAUUCCAGUCCUUGGAAAGCCUCGUGUUCCCUAGAAAAAAUUCCUGUCCAAAAUGCCUAACGUCAUCGGAGUCAUCGUUCUUGCCCGCAACGGCGACAGGCUUGGUUACGUCCAAGACCCAUUCACCUAUUUAUCCUCCUCGACGCACCUCACUCCUCUAGGCGCUGUCCAGUCCCACCAGCUCGGUUCCUACCUUAGGUCAACCUACCUCAAUCCGUCGUCCCCCUCUUACAUCACCGGACUUAACCCCGACCUCGCUAAUCCCAAACAGAUCAAAGUUCGGGCCAAAGCCGGCGGAGAAGGCGACCCGGUCUUUGACUCUACCAUCGCGGUUCUCCAAGGUCUCUUCCCACCCACUCUGCGCAAUUCCAUCGUUCUCGCUAACGAGAGCGUCGUCACCGCGCCGCUUGGAGGGUACCAGUAUGUACCCGUGGAGACUGUAGAGCCAGGAAACGACAGGUCUCUCGAGCCAUGGACGUCCUGCCCCGCGUUCCUCAAGCACAUCGCGCACGUCUACGAGUCUGACGAGUUCAAAGCCAAGGAAACGGAAGCCGCCACCGUAGGGUUCUUUGACACGGUCAAGGACUACGUCUUUGGUCGCGAGCGAAGCUUGGUGAACAUUGUAAGUUUCCCUAGUUCCCGGCAUGUCCAACUCACAUACAACCGAACGUACGCCUACCGCCUUCCUCCGACACUCAUUAACACUGCCCGUGCUCUCGCCAACUUCCAUGAAGAUGCAGUGUUCUCCGACGCCCACAUCAGCGGUAUCGGCAACAUCGCUGCUCGCACUCUUUUGCAUACCAUCAUUGCUUCUCUCGAGCGCAUCGCCUUCGACGGAGACCCGUUGCAGUUCCUCCUCAUCGAGUCAUCCUACCACCCCUUCAUCUCCCUCUUCCACGCGACCGACAUCGUUGAGACGUUCCCAGAACUGAAGGCUAUCCCGGACCCUGCCUCUAGUUUGAUGAUCGAGCUCAUCCGCGGUGCGCCCCCCGAUACACGCGAUUUCCUCCGCUUCAAGUUCACCAACGGCUCGCACCCCGCCCAGACCGUGCAUGUCUUCGGCCACAGAGGGGAUAUCCCGCUCACAGAGUUCAUCUACAAGACACAGGACGUUGUAAUCUCGAAUAACCGUCAGUGGAGGGAGGUCUGCACCGCCAACUCCGCUUCCACGUCUGUCUUUUCCACGGAAAACUUGAACGUCAACGCGCUCUUGGCUCUGGGCGUGUUCAUCUUUGCCUUGCUUGCGCUUGGCUUUUCGUAUAAAUGGAAGGCAAACAAAAAGAGGGGUGUCAAGCUCGCGGGUGAAGAGGUGAGUCCUUGCAAUGUGUACGGGUACGGUUCGUGCGGCAGUGGUGUAGGACCUGCACACUUCAUGACCUCUUCGUCGCAUACUGACUUGUACUUUCCAUAGACGACCCUCCAAGUGGCAGAGAAAAACCUUGGCACUGUUAGGUUCGUCUAAAGUGACGGUGUCGACAAUGGAUUCU